GGAGAAGACACAGCUACAGACGUAUAUUAGAGUUGAAGUAAGGAGUAGAAGUUACUGUAUUUGAGCACAAGUGUGUUAAGAUGUCAGAGGGAGUCUAUGAAAACUCAGAUGGAUUUGAAGACAACAAACCUGAUGAAAUAAACACAGACAUUGAUGACCAAUUAUAUGGCAACGUAGGAGCCUUCAAACCCAGUCGAAGUGAUGGAGGUGUUGCUUCAGCACAUGUUCAGUGGUGGAAGAGACCCUCUGGAGUUGCUGCAGUGUGUCUGGGGCUGCUGUGUGUUCUCCUACUGGCUGGGAUCAUAGGCCUGUCUGUCUACUAUGGAGUCACUGAUCAUCACAACUCAGCACAGAUAGACCAGCUUCAGACCAGUUACAACACCCUGACUAAAGAGAGAGACCAGCUUCAGACCAGUUACAACAGCCUGACUAAAGAGAGAGACCAGCUUCAGACAAGUUACAACACCCUGACUAAAGAGAGAGACCAGCUUCAGACCAGUUACAACACCCGGACUAAAGAGAGAAACCAGCUUCAGACCAGUUACAACACCCUGACUAAAGAGAGAGACCAGCUUCAGACAAGUUACAACACCCUGACUAAAGAGAGAGACCAGCUACAUUCUGACAGAGUUUUUCUUAGCGGGAGGCUUACCAAUCUCAAACAAACCUGUCCUGAAGGCUGGCAGAAGUUUGAAUCCAGUUGGUACUUCCUGUCCACUGAGACUAAAACCUGGAAUGAGAGCAGAAAGGACUGUCUGGAGAGAGGAGCAGACCUGGUGAUCACAAACAGUGACAAGGAACAGGAGUUUCUCUUCAACCUCAACAAGGGAGUCUGGAUUGGUCUGACUGACUCUGUUACUGAGGGGACCUGGAGAUGGGUGGACAGCUCCCCACUGACAAACCCAAGGUACUGGCGUAAACCACAGCCUGAUAAUGGUGCUGGCAGACCAGAAUAUGGUGAGGAGGACUGUGUUGAGAUACGUAAAGAUCAGCGUCCUCUGGAGGCAUGGAAUGACUUGUCAUGUGACAGAAAAAUCUACUGGGUUUGUGAGAAAGUUGUUUAACAUCACCAUGACAACAUACUGUAACACAUACAGCAGCACACAGUGCACGAAACUUCCUCCUUCAUUCUCUCGCUCUCUCUGUGUGUCUCUCUCUCUGUAGCUCUCUGUCUCUCUCUCUCUCACUCUCUCUCUCACAGACAUUCUCUCUCUGUCUCAAACCCUCACACACACAUGCACACACACUGCGUGCACACAUGCAUGCAAACGCAUCUAUUGUUGUGUUUAUUUGCAGUAUUAUAUUAAUACAAGGCCUACUUAUUUCCUGUUUGUAACUUCCUGUGUUUUAUACCUCCUCAGGUUCAACAUGAAGUCAGUACAUUUGACUUUUCCAUACACAUAAUUUCUAAUUCAAAUAUAUUCUACAGAUAUUUACAUGCUCCAAUUUAGGCCUGGUGAUAACAUUCUCAACACCAUUACAUACACUGUAUAGGAGUUGACUGUAUCACCAAUCAAUGAGUGUAGUAGAGAUAUCAAAGAAUGUUACUUAAUAAUAUUUAACAGUCAGUCUUUGUUGUCAAUUUACAUAUAAGCACAAUAUCAAAUGCUCAUAUUUGACUGUUGUUCUCCUAUAUGGGUCCCAAAAGAUGGAAGUGUAGUGGAUAUUUUCAGUGGUUCAACUAGAUGUCACUCAAAAACUCCUCAACCAAUCAGGUUCAUUAAGAGAAAGGGUGGCAGGUAGCCUAGCGGUUAAGAUCGUUGGGCCAGGAACCGAAAGGUUGUUGGUUCAAAUUCCUGAGACGACUAUUUGGAAAAUCUGUAGAUGUGCCCUUGAGCAAGGCACUUAACUCUAAUUGCUCCUGUAAGUCGCUCUGGAUAAGAGUGUCUGCUAAAUGACUGAACUGUAAAUGCAGAGGAGAGACAUGGGGGUUACUGUUGUCAUCUCAUCCUCACUGGUUAAAACUACCCACCCUCAAUAUCCACUAGGAGCAGUUUGUAGUGUCCCAUCUAUUGUCUGGACAUUAUAAUGACCCAUGUUUGUAGUCCUGGACCUCCUGAACAUGUUGAUGUAUAUUUGGGAGUAAACAGAGGGUCCAAAUCAGCAGAAAGGUGAAAGGAAGGAGGAGUUCUGGAAACUCCCUGAAUUAUCUUGGGGCUGUUACAUAUGAUAUUUAAUACAUGUUAACAGCUAGUCUUUGUUCUCCACUUCCCCUCUAUGAUCUAUAUCUUCCUGGUAUGAUAGUGUCCUGUCCAUCAUCACAAAUAGCAAGUCAGGUUCCCUGGGCAGGAGGACUGUGUUGAGAUAUACUCUGUACAAGCUGACCAUGUAGAGACAUGGAAUGAUUUAUAUUGUGCUGCAGAAAAUGGUUUAACAAUAACCACUGUAACAAUCUCACACACACACAC